UGAGCAUUCUAUGAAGAAAAAAAGCAAAAUCUUCUCUGUGCAGAGCUCUUAAAUAAUUUUAAAUAAGCGAAAUGCUCUGGAAAAUGAAACCCAGUCUUGUGAAAGGAAUAGUGCUCCUAUAUUUCUUUUUGAGCCAGUUAAUAGUACCAUUUGCCAGAUUGAGUUUAGUUUACAAAAUAAAAGUGGAGUUUAAUAACAAAGUGUCUAACAGUUCCUUAAGGACAGAACAUGAAGCGAACUCUCUUUCCGAGUGUUGUAUGAAGUGUCAGACCGGAUGUCGAUGUGUUGGCUUCCGGUUUGGUACAAAGGUGUGUCACACUUACCCGACUUGUGAUCUUGCUGAUAUGACAGAGGAGGAAGAAGGUUGGAGGUAUUAUAUACCAGUUCUAGAUAUUGACUGUAUGUCGCUGUAUGACAGAGGUAUAAAGGCAUCCGGUGUCUACACAAUUCAUCCCUGGGACAAACUAGAUCCGAACUACCGUCCUAUCCAGGUGUAUUGUGACAUGGAGACGGCAAACGGAGGGUGGACCGCUAUUCAGAGAAGGCUGGACGGAUCUGUAAAUUUUAAUCGGACAUGGGACGACUACAGAGUCGGGUUCGGAUCGCCACAUACAGCUUACUGGAUUGGAAAUGACGUAAUUUACCAGCUUACGAAAAACCAUUCGUACCUUUACAUAUCGAUUACGCUACACAAUAACAAUAAAUUGUAUGAGCAAUAUGAAGGCUUCAGUGUAUCUCCAGGGAAAUUCCGAAUGGAUUUGUCUGAUUCAGGUACUGGAACUCUAG